AUGGAGAUAGAAAUUUCUUUGAAAAUAAUUAAAAUAAAUAUAUUAAGUACAAAACAUAGACAUUAUAUUGAUAUUUCAUAUAAGAAUGAGAAGAAUAAAGAAUUUUGUUUAUUCUUUCUUAUUAAAAAAAAUACAAAAUUAAAAUUCAAAAAAUAAUAAUUAAACAGUAUCAAUAGUUCAUUGAAGCGAUGGUCUAGAUGGAUAACAGACAUAUUCGAUAACGUUAUGCAAAAAUAACGAUUGGGUUUAAAUUUAAAAUGA